CCAAAAAAAAUAGAGUCAGUCAUACAGUUUUGCAGACAAUCUUAUGGUUUGAAUACUAUUAUUAUUGAAUAGAUUUUGUCAACAAAAUGAUUGGAUCAAUGAAAUGAUUGGUUGUGUUGUUAAUACAUUUGGCGCUAUUUAUGUGUCGUUUGUAAUACUAUUUGCAUUUGCAUUGCAUUUGACUUUAAUUUAAUAAACAAUUGAAACGUUUGUCUCAAUUGGUGUCCACUUCUUAAUCCAAUCUUUACCAUUGAUUAUCACUGACGGCUCUACAGACUAAUGGCACGACUGUUUGACAGUCAAACGGACCAAAUGAACGAUUGGUUGAACUCGUCUUCAGACGACAAACACAGUGUCGAUAGUAUGCAGGACUCGAUGCGAACGCCAAAGAGGAAGAAGACAACAACAGUCGAUAAAGUUGUGAAUUUGUCGCCAAUUGUCGGACACAACGACUCGAUGGACGACACGGCCUAUUCAAGUGUCUAUGAUAUGGAUUCAGAUUUAGAUCUGACUUUCGAUCGGAAUAAAAGCAAACGUCAGUAUUCGUCAGCAAACAAGAAAUGGUUUGACUUUUCGCCACAAUUGGGUUCAACACCUAAACCAACGAAGAAUCGAUGGCAAAGACGACAAAAGCAGAAUAUGUCGCGAAAAAGGAAGUCACAGAAGAAUGAGUUUAGUCUUUGGGAUAAAGCAAUGAUGAAAAAUCCUGAACUCGAACUUUGGAUCAAUAGUUUUAAUGAAGACUUGAAGAGAAUCGAGUCAUCGGAACUGUCUGUUGUUAACAGUUCUGUCGCGUCAAUGGUUUAA